AUGAUGGGAAGGAAGAGCGCGAGCCGCUCGUAAGCAACAUGGCGGCGAACGGCUAGACCCCGCAACCGGGCCGCGGCUGAGGGUGUAUUCGGGAUGGGCUGGCAGCUUGUCAGUUUCCUCCGGCGGGGGGUAUGGGCGGCGCUGACGGGUGGCUGCUACCUGGAGCCCCAGCAAAGCGGCUUCUCUAACACCUUCCACCUUUACCUGUGGUUAGCGCUGCUCGGAGCCCCCUUUGUGUUACACCUGGCCGCAUCUCCCAGCAAAGUCGCACUUGGAAUUUACUGCGGUUUGGUAGCUCUCCUUUUUACUGCAAUAAAGACGAUUAAUUAUCGGCUUCACCUUAUGUUUGAGGAAGGAGAAAUAAUACAUCACAAUGACCAAACUGUUAUUUCCACAAAGGACAGGGUUGUAUCUGGAGAAAGAGACAAUAGUGAACAAGAAUCAUUGCCUUCUGUUAGUCCUGGUCGCAGGAAUCGUUUGCAAGGUAUUCAAUUGACUGAGUUCAACAGGGAUAGUUCAAAACCACCAGUCCGCCACAGUUCUUGGCAGUCCAUGCUGGACCCUGGGGUUAGCGACAACUCCGAUCUGCCGACAAACCCUAAAGAUGCAGAAGCAUUCAAAGAGAAAGACUUCAGAAGACUCGCUGCACCUCAGGACAGCAGUGUCCUCUCAUUGGAACCAGCUUGCAGAGGUCUUUUAAUGUUAGGGAGAGAAAGAGAAGAUCUUGACCUGAACAGUGCAACACCUCUGAUGCCCUAUUAUUCCCCAGUUUGUUUCCAGCAGUCAGUUUCUCAAGAUGCAGAGCCCAACAAACAACCCAAAAAUGAGUGUGACACCUUGGAAGACCCACCUUUGUUCCUUUCCCCAUCUGCUCUGCCGUGUCAGUCGACUGUUUGUCCACUUAGUGCUACGGGUCGGUUAGAUGGUUCUGAAAAUACCAAGCAUCAUGUUUCGGCUCGGAUUUGUACUGUGUCAGUAUGUGCUGACCUGGCUGAUUCCAAAGUGACUCUGACUGAGAUGAAGAAUCCUCUCAAUUCUCCAGAGCAACAGGCAUCAACAGAACAGUUCAUAGCUAAAUUAAACCAGGACCAUCAGUGUCCUAAUGUAUCAGAGACUGAAUACAAUGUGUUAGUGAUUAAUGCUGAGCCAGGACCAAUGUGCAACAUGAAUAUUGUUACUGCUGAAAAUACACCUUGCAGGAAAAGCUCCAAUCCUAGUAAAGAAACCCUUGGGAGUACUGUUGGUCGUGCUGACUGUGGGGACCAGAAGCUCCCAAGUGAACUGAGUACCAACCCUGCAGUAAUCAGAGUGACAGAUCUGGGAGCAAACGAGGCCGAUUUGAAUGAACCUGAUGAUGAAAGUAUUCCAACUAAGAACUUUUCUCUGGUGCAACUUACAGAACACAAGGAAGUAGAACUCUACCUUGAUACCAGCACAUACUUAAUUCAGAGCUUGGAGCCUAGGACUAAUCAAAAUAAUUCAGUUCAGGAUCCUAAACGGACACCGAGUUUGCCAAAUAUGCAAGAUCCAGAUUUAUCAGACAUCCCAGUUAUUGCACUGGAGCUGCCUGAAGCUGGGAGAAAGAGCACUGACAGUAUUAAUAAUGGUAACUUAAUACCCUCAUCUUUUUUGUAUGUAAAUGUGAAUAAAGGGAUGCAGAUAGCUGGAACUGAUAAAUCUGUAUUGAAAACAGAUCUUGCUGUCAGACCAAAGUCUUCCAGUUUUCUUAAACAGGCUCUGUCUAGUCACCAGUACGAUAAGCAGAAGUCAAGGAAACUUGUAAAUGUUGGUGCUGACUCCACUCUUUGUGUUGGAAAUGAGUCUUGGUCAAUUACAGUGGUCCCUAAGGAGAACAAAAGUGAAGAUGAGGACACAAGUGAUCAUACUAGUCUCAGCAGCACCUCAAGUCUGCAAUCUCAUCAUAAUUUUUCAGUAGAAACCUCUUCCAGUACUAAUUCGCAGUCCUGUUGUACCCCAGAUCAUGCGUACCACAACUACCAAAAUCCACAUCGAUCGACCAACUCCAGAGCUGUGUCAGACUCCUUCUUGAAAGUUGUGCAUUGCCUUAUAGAAAACCAGAGGCAACAUGAGCAACAAGUGGUGGCCGAUUGCUCCCUGCAAACGCAUAUCAGGGUCCUUAGUGCAGAUGGGGGAACAGAUGUGGUCUUGAACAGGACAUCCAGAGGGAGCACCAACGAUCAGGGAAGAACUUUAACCACUUCAAAGUCAGAUCUAGAGGCCAAAGAAGGGCAAAUGCCAAACGAAUCGAACUUUAUAGAAUUCAUUUCCUUACUGGAGUCAAUUAAUAGCUCAAGAAUUAAUGCAGCAGGCUGGACGAAUGAUUGUCAAGAAGAGGGUGCCAUGGGUGGAGUUGUGCCCCUAUUGGAGAAUGGACCACAAAAUACGAGGUGGCGUGACCACAACGGUGGUCCAAGAAGGUCAGCAAUACGACAACAGCAAAAUGUAGAGAACAAUCGAACUGUUUCUGCAACCUUCACCAGUUCAUCUCAGAGCUCCCAGGAUAAUCAAGAAGUGCAGAACAAUUCUUGUUCAUUACAUUGGGGCAGCUCCAUGUGUCCAAGUGAUAGUCCAAGGCAUGAAGCAGCAUCACACCACAAUACCUCUACUGGUGCCACACAUUUCUUUGUAGAUGAGCUUGGAGCAGUAAGAUCAUACACAUUUGGUCCUGAAAGCAGAGGUUUUGAAAAUUCAUUGGAUUGUCCUCCAAAUUCAGAACAUAAUCAAAGUUCAUGGGAUCAUCAGUCCAACUCUCAUAGUUACCCUUCAGCAGAUGGACACAGGGCAGAAGGAAUGGUGGAUGAGCCACCCCAUCAACAGCAGCCAGUCGUAUUGCAGAGAAUGCGCAUUAGAAGAUACUCAGAAGCACGGCAGGGCAGGACUGGGAAUCGUGAAUCAACUGUUAAAGUAAUAGAGGAGAAGUCCAACUGCAGACAGUCCUACAGGUUUUGGAUUUUACCUGGCAAGUGGUUGGGGAUUUGUUACGAUCGCCUGGCUUUACUGACUUUACUUGACAGGAAUUAUGAGAUUGGAGAAAAUGUAUUAGCGGUUUGCUUGGCUGUUCUUGUUGCCCUUCUUGGAUUCAAUCUCCUUAACCAAGGAUUUUUCAAGGACCUGUCAGUCUUCCACUUCUGCCUGAUUAUUGCAAGCUGUCAGUACUCCUUGUUAAAAAGUGCUCAACCUGAUCCUGCAUCACCUGUACACGGACACAAUAGAAUUGUUGCAUACAGCAGAUCCAUUUAUUUUUCCAUCUGCUGUAGCCUUGUAUGGGUUUUGGAUUUCGGGAGUAAAUGCACUCGACUUCCAACUUCUACUCUGUAUGGAAUCAGAUUAAUAUCUCCAGAAAACUUUGCUACUGCCAGAGAUUUUAUUAUCGGGUUCACACAGUGUUUCCCCGUCAUUUUCCUACUCGGUCUUCUUCCACAAAUUAAUACUUUUUUCACAUACUUGCUGGAACAAAUAGACAUGCACAUCUUUGGGGGAUCUGCUGCGACAGGGCUAAUCUCAUCACUGUAUGGCUUUUCCCGCAGUUUACUUGCUGUAUCGCUGCUGUAUGCUUUAUGUAUUGGCACAGUAAAGAGACCAUGGGAUACACAGCAUAUUCCAGUGCUAUUUUCUGCUUACUGUGGACUGCUAGUUGCUUGUUCCUACCACCUCAGCAGACAAAGCAGUGAACCGGCAGUGUUGAUGUCUCUCAUUCGCUCCAAGCUGUUCAAUGAAUUGGAAGUCCAGAAUCCUGAGCAUCCUCUGUCAGAAAACAAGGAUGUUCUUCCUGAAAAACUGAGGAAUUCUGUGAGAGAAGUCUUGAAGUCUGAUCUUAUUAUGUGUGCAGUAAUUACCCUUCUAACCUUUGCAAUCAGUGCAACUACUGUUUUCCUUUCAUUGAAGCCCUUUCUUGGUAUUGUGUUGUAUGCUUUGGCUGGGACAGUUGGAUUCCUGACACAUUACCUGCUUCCUCGACUUCGCACACAAGUUCCAUGGUUCUGCUUUGCCCAUCCUUUGCUUAAAACGAAGGAAUAUCAACAGUUUGAAGUCCGAGAUGCAGCCCAAUUAAUGUGGUUUGAGCGAUUGUACGUUUGGCUUCUAUGUUUGGAGAAGUACAUCAUUCACCCAGCUGUGGUGCUCAAUGCACUCACUAAUGAUGCUUUCUCUCUCAGUAGUCAGAAGAAGCUCGGCAUACAUUGCGAUGUUUUAAUGAUGACUAUGGCCAGUAUGAAGCUACUGCGCUCAUCCUUCUGUAAUCCAACAUACCAAUACAUAACUUUGAGUUUCACCAUCCUCUUCUUCCAGUUUGACUACAGCAGCUUCUCCGAGACUUUUUUGCUGGAUUUCUUUCUGAUGUCAAUUUUAUUCAGCAAGCUAUGGGACUUGCUGCACAAGCUGCAGUUUAUUUUGACCUACAUUGCCCCUUGGCAGAUUGCGUGGGGCUCGGCCUUUCAUGCUUUUGCACAGCCCUUUGCCGUACCUCAUUCGGCUAUGCUCUUCAUCCAAGCUCUUAUAUCUUCACUCUUUUCCACUCCUCUUACUCCAUUCCUUGGCAGCGCCAUUUUCAUGAUGUCCUAUGCUAGGCCAGUAAAGUUCUGGGAAAGGAAUUACAACACCAAACGGGUGGAUCAUUCAAAUACAAGGCUGGAUUCACAGAUAAACAGAAAUACUGGGGCCGAUGAUAACAACUUAAACUCUAUCUUCUAUGAACACUUGACGAGCUCGCUGCAGCAGAGCUUGUGUGGUGAUUUAAUCCUGGGUCGCUGGGGAAGCUACAGCACAGGCGACUGCUUCAUUCUGGCCUCGGAUUACCUCAACGCCUUGGUUCAGUUGAUCGAGGUUGGCAACGGCCUAGUAACUUUCCAGCUGAGGGGACUUGAAUUCAGAGGUACAUACUGCCAACAGAGGGAGGUUGAAGCGAUAACAGAGGGGAUCGAGGACGACAAGGGCUGCUGCUGUUGCUGCGAGCCAGGGCAUUUGCCUCACAUGUUGUCAUUUAACACAGCUUUUAUGCAACGCUGGCUGGCCUGGGAAGUUACAUCAUCUAAAUACGUACUGGAAGGCUACAGCAUUAGUGACAACAACGCAGCGUGCAUGCUGCAGAUGUUUGACCUGAGAAAGAUGCUUAUCACCUAUUAUGUAAAGAGCAUAAUAUAUUAUUUGAUUCGCUCUCCAAAACUGGAAAACUGGUUAAGCAAUGAAUCCAUACAGGAAGCUCUGCAUCCGUGCACAGCAUGGAAUUACAUCGACAGGGACCCAGGGGUUUUUAAUGUGAACAUUGAUGAAGACUAUGACCAUUGCCUCAAGGGAAUCUCAAGAGCCAGCUUCUGUAAUGCUUAUUUGGAGUGGAUUCAACACUGCACCAGUAAAAGGACAAAGCCUGUGAGAAGUGAUGGAGAUUCCCCACUUGUAACCCUUUGUUACAGCCUCUCUAUUUUUGGCAGAAGAGCUUUAGGAACGGCAACACACAACAUGUCCAUCAGCUUGGAAUCAUUUCUGUACGGGCUCCAUGCAUUAUUUAAAGGAGAUUUUAGAAUCACCGCCAAGCAGGAAUGGAUCUUUGAAGACAUAGAUCUGCUUCACAAGGUCAUUGCCCCAGGAAUCCGAAUGUCCCUGAAGCUCCACCAGGACCAUUUCACCUCAUCCGAUGAAUAUGAGGAUCUUGAAAUACUGUACGGAGCCAUCACCAGCCAUGAACGGACACUGGUCAUCUGUCACGAGGGAGACCCAUUAUGGCGCCAGUCCAUCCUGUCAAACGCAGAGGCUCUACUCGCACUCAGGCAUGUGGUCGAUGAUGGAGCUGAUGAAUACAAGAUAAUUAUGCUUCAUCGACGCUAUCUCAGCUUUAAAGUGGUGAAGGUCAAUAAAGAAUGUGUGAAGGGGCUGUGGGCAGGACAACAACUGGAGCUGGUAUUCCUCCAGAAUCGUAACCCGGAGCGAGGCAGCAUACAGAAUGCCAAGCAGGCCUUGAGAAACAUGAUCAAUUCCUCAUGUGACCAGCCAAUUGGCUACCCGAUUUACGUCUCGCCUCUUACCACAUCCUACGCUGGAUCACACAAGCAGCUCAAGAAUAUCUGGGGAGGUCCAAUCAGUUUGGAGAAUCUCAACCUGUGGUUCACUUCCAGGUGGCAAAAAUUGCGCAAGGGCUGCACCGGAGGCAACAUUGACGAUUCAGAUUGUGGAGGAGCUUCCUCAUCCAGCAGCAAUAACCACACCAGGACCAGAACUCAAAGCAUCAGCUCCAAGCAAACAAGGGCCUGGAGGCCACACACAGUAGCCUCGCUAACUGCUCAACAAGCUAGAGGACGAAGGGAGCAAAGAAGCUGUUCAGUGCAGGCUUGUUCAUCUCGAUUAGAGGCUCAGCAACCACCUGCUACAAGUCAGUCAGGAUCUAUGCUGGAAACACAGCAGCCAUCUUCACAGGCAUCAACAUCUGUCCAGGGCCUGGUUCAAAGGUUAUCCAACAGUCAGCUGUCGUUCAAUAAUUCAGUUGCUUCUAUGUUAUCCCAAGUACCUCGACUCUCCACUGCAAGCCAGCUCAGUAGCCAGGGCCACUCGGGCACACAGAACAGGUGCAGCAUCACCUCCUCCACGAGCUCCACCCUCAGCCUCUUGUUUGGGAAAAGAAGUUUAUCCAGCGGACUUGUGAUAUCCGGGCUGUCAGCAGCAGAGGGAGGGCACACAACUGACACCCAGUCAACAAGCAGUGUCAACAUUGCACUUGGACCAUCAGUCAGCCAUGGGAGCCAAAUGACAAAGGGCACCUCUGAUGCCUGGUCAUCUCUUGAUAUUACAAGUUCCAGCCAGCAGAAAGGAGCAAUGCACACAGAUGGUGCUCAGAAUGGAGACCAUAAAUUGCAGGAUGAACAGAGGAAUGUCACUUCUUACCCAAUGUGAGACCAGAAUCACCAGUGACCUCUUGAGCAUAAAUUGGAGGUGCUCCGGUCUAAAUGAAGCAGUCAAACCAGUAGAGGGACAAAGCAUAGAAUACUAAAGAGAGAGCAGCAAUGGGGAGAGAAAUCAUCCAGAACAUAAAACUUGGACAAACAUAAUAAUCUAGUGGAAUUAUUCUGAAUUAGAUGUUAAAUAUUGGUUUGUUUAGUGAAGUGAAUGUAUACUUUCAUUUUCAAAGCCAAAUGCAAUCCCAUCAAAAACUGCCUGUGAAUAACAAUGUAAUUUCUUGUGACUUUAAAGGUCAUAUUCCUGCUUUUUCAGCCAGACAGGAAUUGAUUGGACUUCCCCAAUGUUGAGUUCCCAGAAUAAACGUAGAGUCACAUGU